AUGGACAUCUCUGUUCUGCCCAACAACAACAACCCAGAGAAGUUCCUCCAGCUGGAUGUUGGGAUGCUGCCAGCCACACAUGGCAUGUUCCAGGUUGGGGUGGUCAUGUCCAGUCACAGACACUGGCAGAACAGGGUCUACUACCAGAGGGAGCAAAGGGUAAAGCCUGACACCAGGUCUCCUCCGUCCCCAGAGGGUACUCCUGUGGUAUUUGUGGACAGAUACCUGGAGAAGCACAUCACUCCGGUCACUCUGAAGUCCAACAUUAAAAGGAACCCUCUGUACAUGGACAUGAGAUUGACGGACACAGUGGACAACGAGAAGUCCAAGCCUUCCUGGACUGUCGAGGAGUACAGCACACAAACGACCCAUGGCAACCUUGCAAGUUUUUUAAAGGGGGAAGAGAAGACUCCUAAAGAUAUGGACUUUUGGUUGGAGGAUCUCUACACACCAGGAUUUGACUCUUUACUGAAGAAGAAAGAAGCAGAACAGAAAAGAAAAAGACUUUGUAAAGUAAUUUUUUCAAUCACUUUGUCUGUUUGUGCAAUACUUGUUGUUAUCAUAGUGCCAGUUGUGGUUUUACAGAAGAGAAACUGA